AUGGCGUCCCAGGCGACGCAUGACGCUCAGCAUGAAAGCUUCCGACAGUAUUUACCAGACCUAAACACUCCGCGGUUCCAGGCUAUCGCAGAGAAUGACGCAUACGGCCAUGCGCAGGAACUGCUGGAGCAUCACCGGCCGCCAUGGCUGUAUGGACUUUACGUGCACUGGCGGAAGUUGUUCAAGGAGCCUUUCAAAGGUGUGACUAGCGAUGGCACCGUCCAACCCAACCUCUUCCAGCUCCGCGAUGAAGGCGUACCCAUCAGCGCUAUUACAGCCAAUGCCAACGCCAUAAUCUCGCAGUUGAGCCCCGAGCAGACCACUCGCACGCUCCUGCACAUCGACUCGCCCGAGUGGCGAUCUUGGUCGAAUCCCGAGUUCCUCGUUAGCGACAAGGGGAUUCGUCUCGACGAAAUCACCCCCUCGCUACGCGAAUCUGUCUUCACUCUUCUAAAGACUACUCUUAGCCCCGAAGGCUACGAGAAAGCGCGCGCAGCUAUGCGCAUCAACCAUUUCCUAGGGGAGUUAGUUAACGCGCCCAAGGUCAUGAACGAGCACAGCUACAACUUCGUGCUGUUCGGGGUGCCGGCGACCGAUCGGCCUUGGGGGUUCUCGUUCUACGGGCAUCACUUGUGUCUUAGCGUGUUUCUAUAUAAGACGCAGAUCGUCGUGUCCCCGUGGUUCACGGGCGCGGAGCCUAAUAUCAUCGAUGAUGGGCCGUUUAAAGGCACGCGCAUAUUACAUGAAGAGGAACGGCUGGGUUUGGAAUUAAUGCAGAGCUUGGGCCCGGAGGACAAGCACCGGGCUACGGUAUACGAGCUCAUGAAGGAUCCGAAAAUGCCGCGCGGUCGCUGGAACCAUGACGAUCAACGACAUUUAUGCGGCGCGUAUCGCGAUAACCGUGUGGUGCCGUACGAGGGGAUAAUCGUAGGAACACUGUUGUCCGCACAGCAGGACCUUGUACGCGGGAUCCUGUUUCAGUAUCUGCUAUACCUACCUCCUCGAUCCCGCGAACUGAAGAUCCAGGAUUGCGUAGGGCGCUUCGGCGAGACGUAUUUCUCGUGGAUCGGGGGAUCUGGUGACGCGGACCCGUUCUACUACCGCAUCCAGAGCCCGGUUGUGCUAGUCGAGUUCGACCACCACUCCGGCGUAUUCUUGAAUAAUGCCGAGCCGGCAAAGUUCCAUAUUCAUACCUUGUUACGGACGCCGAAUGCGGGGGACUAUGGAUUUGCGCUGAGGAAUCAAAUUGGGCCGGCUGUGGAGCAGGCAUAUGUCUGGGAAGAGUAG